UUAGCAAAGUAGCAGCCACUCUACAGCUUGCUGGAGCUUGGAACAGAGAGACAAAGGGGACAUGUGACCAUCUCCCGGACCCUCAGCACACACAGGGACUGAAGACCUCAGACCAGGGUCAUGGCAAGUGCUGAGCGCCCUGGGUGCCCUGCAUGGGUGGAACCCAUGACCCAGAGCACGGCCAGGACUGAGCACGAUGCACCAGCCGCGAGCCAAGACCUCCCACAUCCAGGACCUGAAGGACACCAAGCCACGGCAAUGCCUAAAGGUGCUGUCCUUCCAGAUGGUCCCAGCAGCCUCAGCUCCAACUCCAACAUGACCACACGGGAGCUGCAGGAGUACUGGCGGAGCGAGAAGGGCCGCUGGAAGCCCAUCAAGCUGCUCUUUGAGAUCGUCUCAGCCCGCAUUGAGCAGAGAAGGAUCUCCAAAUUUGUGAUGUACCAGAUCGUGGUCAUCCAGACAGGCAGCUUCGACAGCAACAAAGCUGUCCUGGAGCGGCGCUACUCGGACUUUGAGAAGCUGCAGAAAAGCCUGCUGAAGACGUACCGGGAGGAGAUCGAGGACGUGGUCUUCCCCGGGAAGCGCCUGACUGGGAACUUCUCAGAGGAGAUGAUAGACGAGCGCAGGCUGGCGCUCCGGGAGUACCUGCGGCUGCUCUACGCCAUCCGCGCCGUGCGCCGCUCCCGCGAGCUGCUCGACUUCCUCACGCGGCCCGAGCUGCGCGAGGCCUUCGGCUGCCUGCGCGCCGGCCAGUACGCGCGCGCCCUGGACACGCUGCUGCGCGUGGUGCCGCUGCUGGAGCGGCUCACAGCGCACUGCCCCGCCGCCCCGGUCCCCGCGCUCUGCGCCGUCCUCGUGUGCCACCGCGACCUAGAGCGGCCCGCGGAAGCCUUUGCGGCCGGGGAGAGGGCCCUGCGGUGCCUGCAGGCCAGGGAGAGCCACCGCUACUACCUCCCGCUGCUGGAGGCCAUGGUGCACCUGGCCUACUCACUGGGCAAGGACUUCGCUGCGCUGCAGGGGAGGCUGGAGGAGAGCCAGGCCCGCUGGCCCAGCCACCGGGGCUUCUCGCUGAAGGAGCUCACCGUGCGGGAAUACCUGUCCUGAGAGCAUCGGCGUUGUGAUAGGUUGUUCAGGGCUGGGUUUAAGGAGAGGGGGCUCUGAGCCGCUGGGUGACUCCAGCAAUCUGCCUGGAGCAGGGUCUGCCUUCAUCUCGAGCCUCCUGGGGGGCGGCUGGAUUUGUCACAAACCCACGAACCCCGGCAGUGACAAUUCUGGAGAGUAUGUGGACUUUUCUGGUGUCUUACUGGAGAGUGGCCUGAGAAGUUUACUCACAAGUCAAGAUAUAGCUCAGUCCAUGUCCCAGAAGACCAUGUCUACAGCCGUACUGGCUCUUUCCUCUGCUCUUGGUAUCUCAGUAUUACUUAUAAAUAGUCCUACCCUGCUAGGGUGGUGCCUCAUGCCUAUAAUCUUACCACUCUUGGAGGCUGAGGCAGGAGGAUCAUGAACUCCAGGCCAGCCUGGGCUACAUAGUAAGACCCUAUCUCAAUAACUACAUAGUCCUACUCAUCGUACUAAUAUUCUAGGGCUUUCCCCUUAGUAUAUAGACAGACUCCACUUAGCAAAUCAAGAGCUCACCUGUUACCUGCAAGGACAGCUUCUCCCCCUCAACUUGCCUCACGUAGAGCCUGUGUGUUAUCCUUUGAAAGGUAGCAAGCCAGAAAGCAGUAGUGCCAUAAGAUUCCAGGACAGGUGUUUUUAACAAAGGAAGUGGCUAGUAUAUCCUGGCUAGGGUGCAGUGACACAGAGCCUGGGGGUGCACUUUCACUCACCGGACACCUGCUCCUUGCAUGGCUUUCCUGGAAGGAGGUCCACUGUCCAGAAAGAAUGCAGCACCAACCCUAGCAGGAAGGGGACUUCAAAACAGUGGGCUGAGUCAAUGCCACAGGCCACUUCGGGACCAGUUUGUGCUUGAGGUUGGAAGGCCCUGCAAGCCUACAGCACCUGGCUGAGCUUCUUCGGGUGUAACUUGGAAACGGGCUUGUGGGGCAUCAUUUUGGCCUGUACAGUAGUCUGGUCCAGGGGGAAAGACAAGGUAGGAGUGUAGAAAACAUUUUGAAAAUUGCACUGGAGGAUGUGACACUGGGUGGCGACCCCUAUAGGGGUCCUCUUGCACUCUGUCCCAGAGGUGGGCCCCUCUGGACAAAGCAAGCUCCAAGCCUCAAUUUUCUCCUAGAAUAGGACCCUUCAAGUGGGAGAGAAUAGAUUUUUUCUAAAAAAAAAAAAACUGGGAUGAUAGAAAAUUAUGCUGCACUGCGGAAAAAUAAAAGGUGUGAGUCCAUUUGUAAUGGUGAAACAGGUCAUAUUUAUUUUUUAAAUUAUUUCAUCAAAUCUAAAAUGUUGUUAAUUGUGAAAUGCACCAAAUAUUAGCUAAGCAAAAAAAUUCCAACAUGGGGAGUUUGAUAAAUUACAGCAGAAAUCUGGGAGACCAAGAGUUGGAUUCCCAGUGUAGCCUGCUGCUAUGACAAAACUUGCGUUGAAAUUUAAUCUCCAGGGUGAGGAAUUAGGGGGUUGAACUCUAAUCUGAUUAUGGUGCUUGGAAGCAGGACCUUGGGAGGCCAUUAGGAUUAGACAGUGCAUUCAGAAUGAUUGCAUUCCAGACCUUAAAAGAAAAGAAUGAGGGACAGCUAGAUAGCUCAACAGACUAAAGUGUUU